UCGCAAACACUUGCAGGGCAUUAUUAUCAUUGCCGUGUAAAGAGCAGCGCCGCGAGCUCCAGCGGAGCAGCUCAAUCCACGUGUGGUUAGACAGCUUUGGUUCUGUGUACCUUGCGUCGCUGGUGUACAUUCGCACCCAUAUAUUUAUUUGAUGUAAGAAGCAGAAGCAGAAGAAGAAGGGGAGGAAAAAGUACUGCACUGUAGUUGCCGCAACGUCCCUCCCUAUUACACCCCGGCGAGUGACCAGGGUGUGCGCUAUGCACGCUCGCCUCCCAGUGUGCGCCCGUCCAGCCAGCGAGCGGGCUGUAGCGGCCAGAGGCUCGCGCGCUAUUCCUCUCGCUCCGUGUGUCCGUCUUGGUGGGAGCUCUUAAGAAGCGGCUGGGUGAUGUCGCGGUGCGUCGCCACCUCGGCCCCCCGCGCUACUCCGAGAUGGGCAACAAGCAAACCAUUUUUACAGAAGAGCAGCUGGACGCCUACCAGGACUGCAGCUACUUUACGAGAAAAGAAAUUCUCCGGCUUCACGGCAGAUUCAUGGAGCUGGUCCCGCACCUCGUCUCGAAGGAUUCUUCCGGCUAUUGCGACAUCACCAUCCCCUCCCAGCUGAUUGGAACCAUGCCCGAGCUGAAGGAAAACCCUUUCCGGCAGAGAAUACUGGAGGUGUUCUCGGAAGACGGCCAAGGAAACAUGUCCUUCAGCGAUUUCGUGGACAUGUUCUCCGCCUUUAGUGAAACGGCCCCGAGGGAGCUAAAAGUUUACUACGCUUUCAAAAUUUACGACUUCAACGACGACAGCUUCAUCGGCCGAGGGGACCUGCUGCAGGUGCUGCAGUGUUUGACGCGUGACGAGAUGAGCCACGAGGAGCUGCUGCUGGUCAUCGACAAGGUGCUUGAGGAGGCCGACCUGGACGAUGACAGCAAGCUGUCAUUCGCCGACUUCGAGCACAUGAUCUCCCGCGCACCAGACUUCAUCAGCACAUUCCACAUACGGAUCUGACGGCGAGAUGUUUAUUGACGAGACAAGUGUGUAUCCCAGAAGCCUCCACGGGAGAGGUCGUGCCCCCCACAAGUCCCCCCCAGGUAAUAUACCCCCCCCCGCUCCUGCCGGCUGCUGCCGAUGACCUCCGACCUGGAUGUGGUGGCAUCAGCUGAUGACCCCGUGACCUUCUGGGAUGACCCACAGCCUCGGCGGCUCGACUCAGCAUCUCGCUUCCACCAGCUCGAUUUAAAGAGAGAGAGAAGCUGUAAGUGCUGUCUGAAGCGUAAUGCGUGAAGAACUAUUACUGUACAUUUUUGGGCCUGGUUGACACGUGGCCAUUAGUCAUGUUCAAAAGCACCACUUGCAAAAAAAAAGAAGAACGAUGAAAACAAUAUGGGGUUUUUUUAAAGCAUGUUAUUUUUUUUCUUGGUAUGCUGCAAAUGUCAUGCGAAAUGCAAAGGACUACGCAUUAGAAACACCGCUCCAGCUUUUAGACUGAGUCACCAAAACGAACAUCGCCGUCACGUCGCUUUUUUACCGAGAAGGGCAGCAGCAUUUUCUGUUCGGAAGUGCCAAAAGCGGGAUUGACGAGGUUCACAGAUUUAGGCUAAUGGGCUCCCUCUCUGCCGCAGUGAAAUCCCUAAUGGAGACUGAAUGCCAACGCCAUCAGCUGCCGAGCUCGCAAUAGGCAAGCGCUCCUCCAAUCAGCCAGAGUUGGCAGUCGGGAGAGGGAGAAGACCCGUGCGAUGGAUGAGGCACGACAUGUCGGGCUUUCCUCGGCUUUAUUUAUCAGCCAUUUGCCCAAUUGCCAUUUCCCCCCCCCCUCGCCCGAUGGUUAUUUAAUUCUUAAUACGGGGCGGGGAGAGAACCUCACCCUGAUUUGUUUCCUGAGACAGGGGACACAGUAAAAGGGCUUUGUAAACUAGAUGAUACGCUUCUGAGGGUUUAAAAAAAAUAUAUAUGAUAUUUAAAAAAACAUACAAAAAUAAAGACAGAAUUGUUUAACCGCAAGUACAACAAUACGGUUAAUGGGGGUGUUUUUUUGUCUCGACUUACGGACGUGAAAUCAAUUUUAUGGAAUUUACUCAAAUGAUUCAACGAAUGUGAAACGGUGUGUGUGUGUGUGAAAGUUGGACAUGUAGGGUGCGCCUCUGAAUUUGGCAUCGCGAUGCCACUGGCGUUGUUAGGCCCAUCUCAAAACAAGGCAUUCGAAUCCAGAGACAGUUCGUGUACAUUUGCACAAUUGUAGCAAUGUGCAUCGAAUAACGGUUUUUGGUAUUAGUAUUGUUUACUUAAACACACUGUUGAAUGAAAAGAAACGUAUUUCAAUCUCCUAACCUCGAAGGGGUUUGUUUUUGGUUUACAAUGCCACUUUGGUGGAUGGUACAGAUCAAGUGUGUGUAAGUCAUGCAGAUGGUUGGAAAGUUGAUCAAUUUUAAUUUUAUUUUAGGAUCCAUUUGUAUCCGUUGUACCAGAUGUGCUAAAAUCCAGCCAGAUAAAAGCCAGGAGCAUGAGAGCACACUGUCAGAGGCCCAAGUAAAUCACAACCUUUGUUUAAGUGCAGACGUUUUACAGGAAGCGGGCAAUCACAUUUUUCCUUCCAGUCGAAGCACAGCCCACGCCGACUCCAGUUUAAGGAGACACCGGACUCCACUCCAGAUUUGCAGUGUCACACGACCACGUGUCACACGACCACGUGCCGACAUUUCAACGCACAAUCGGGAUGCGGCCGCAACGUCCUUCCACCGAACGACCAAACUGAAAGCGCUGCGGCGUUUGAGCCGGAACCGGGCACUGCUGCAAGCCCGAGUGCUUGCUACAUUAUGUUACAUCACCCUCCAACAUCAUCCAUCAUCAUCAUCAUCCAUCAUCAGCUUUGGUUAACGAAGGCCUCCCCAAGUCGACGCCACGUCUCAUUAUCCCGCGACAUAACAGAAUCCACCUCCCACCUGAACUGAUUCAGUCGCUCCAUCUGCUGGACGUCGACGUGCUAUCGGACGCGUUUCAUUCCUCGGCUCGUUCAUCUCCUCCACAGUGCGAUUAAUCAACCACCUUCACACUUUACGCAAAAUGUGGACAACCUCAAGUGGAGUUUCCGUGUGCCCCCGCAAUUCAGGAGUGGAUCUCACCGCUGUUCUUCUCGCACUCCUGUCGCGGCGCCUGAGCUAGUGCUCUUGCUUGUUUAAUUACGGCAAUUUAUGCAAUUAACAUCGUACUCCGUUGACUUAUAUUGUUUUGGAAAUUGACAAAAUCGCAAAAACGCCGCGUAACAAGUCGACGGUUUUUUUUUAAAGACGUAACAAAGGACUCGUUUGAUGUGAUUGCAGCUCCUGCAAAAUUGUGAUGAACGCGAGAAAGCGGAUGGUCAUUCAUCCAGGGAUCGAUUUCUACUCAGUUCUUCCGACAAUCAUUUCCCACUUUAUUUAGCCAGUUAUUCCCAUGCACAAACAUCAAUUGUUGGAUACUGUAACCUGUGCAAAGACUUCUGCUCAAAGCGUUCGUCGCGAUGCAGUUGGGAUUUUGCACGCGUUGCUUAAAAAAGCUUUUUGCAUUACGCUUCCGUUGAAUUUUCCAACCUUUCCAUGAGAUCCCGUGACAUUUCGUAUGAAUGUAAAAGAGGAAGAUGCGUAUAGUUUUGUUAACCGUGCGGUCUAUUAUCGAUAAACAAAAAUAGUGUGCCUGAAAGUACCAAUUAGGUCAUGGUUUGCUUGAGGAUUAUUACGGAGAAGGGCUUUAACUGAAAAAUAAGCAAAAAAAAUACUAAACAGAUAGAGAGGUUUUCAAUUACUAUUGUACCUAUUUCCUUCUAAGUGAAUUGUUAUAUUAGAUACGUAAGCAAAUAUGUAGUUACGACAAAAUAACACGUAGACGUACGCAUUUUUACCAAAUAAAAAAUAUAUAAUCUGCCGAGCAAUAAGCAAUUAUAGAAAGAAACAAGUGUAGAGCUCUUUAACAAAACACGAUUCCCGUUAACCACAGCCGCGGUGCAUUUUCACGAAAGUCCGCUCGAAAGCCUCCACCACAACAAAACGACCCUUCCGAGUCCUCUCGACGCGCGACGAAGCGGGCGCGAGCCCAAACUCGCCGGCCACUCGUCCGGCUGGCGCUUGCGUCCACCAUGCACCGUUCGUAUUAAAACACGGGGAAGAGGGGAGGGGGGGGACACGCGAACCGACCAACUAGGCCACUCGUUGAGGCUAACGCCGCUUUUUUUCCCACGGCCACUGGGGAGGCGAAGCCAACUCCAUAUUUCGUGAACAUGGAAAAUUGUUGGCCCGCCCAAGCCCAAGUCCCCACAAACAGCGUUAACCGGGGCCGACCCAACACUCAGCGGGCUCAGUAAGUGGACCCAGUAGCUCCAUUUUCAGAAGUGACCUGCAUGUCACUACAGAGGAUAGGCAGCGGGGGGAAGGUGAGCAGCAGGAAGGGGUCAACCCCACUGAGGCUCGUAAGCCCAAGAAGGGUCGGCGGCACGUACCGAAUCUGUCUCACUGUCGAUCCUGGGCCAUCCGUGCGUCAUUCCUGGGCCACCGAGCCCAGCUUACCGUUGGUCGUGGAAUCGCAACAGCAGAGCCCCGUGCCGAUGGCUCGAUGCCCGUUAGCACAAACCCCUCCGCAAGUCUUUCUCACCGCGGUCUUUGGCUGCUUUUUUUUUCACCCUCCCUCCGCGGGCGACUUCCAUCGCAGCCCUGGCCCUGAGCCCCUCGUCUGCUCACCCGCCCUCUCGUUUGUAGAUGCAUGCGAGCGUCAACGUGUUUCUUGAAAAGUAUUCGAGGGGCGCGAUGGCAUUGAACUUACGCGAUGGACUGUUUUUUUACGACACGCGAGCGGGUGGCCAAAAACGCACUCGCAAGAUAACUGAAUUAAUGCGCAUAUUUCAUCGAAUCUUAGCGUCCCGUCCGUCGAACGAUCACGCAUUCAUCGCACAGAUGGCAGAGGUGUCUGUGUGUAAUGACUCUGAGCGAGGGUUCUUUUAAUAUUCCAUCCUAAACAGUUUCUUUUAGACCAGCCCUCCUCACACGACAGCCAAACGAAUACCCCGUUUUAGAGUUGACUCUGCGUGCCACUCAAUGCCAGCCGACUACAAUGUCUCCGUGUCGCUGGGUGUGGGGGGUGGCAGCUUCUCUGCUCGUUAGUUUUGAGGGAAUGCAGUUUGCUUGAAACACAUUGGUUAUAGACCAUGACACGCACUUACCUGGAGCAAUCGAGUGGUUUGCAAGCUGUUCUCGGGCAUCCAACGUCACCGCACGUUACAUGGAAUGGGUGUGCACGGUCAAAUUUGUUCUCAGUGUGGUGAUAUUUAUAAGCAGUGUUUAUCCUCUUUGGUUCAUUCAAACUGUCUCCUGUGCAAUUGAGAUUGUUUUUUCCAUAUGCAUAUAAAUAUUGAAUUACAGUUGCAUGCAGUGCACAUUGCAUAUAAUAUGUCACGGUUGGUACUAGCGUUGAGAAAAAGACUGAGAGACAUGCGAAGUCUUGAUUUGAAGCUUUCGUGACUGCAGGAAUCCAUACUCUUUGGUUCUUUCGGUAAGGUCACGUAGGUAGAAAUCUGUGUGGGUGGCUUUCCUGCAGACAAGAGUGUCCCGACGAGCCGUCAGGUCAUUUCUACCUCCGUGACUCUACCGAAAGAACCAAGGAGUAGAGGACAUGCGAAGGUUGGUCAAUGUAAAGCGAUGGGCCUUCGAGGUCCCUGUAAGGACUGGAGAACCACUGCUAUAAAAAAAUAUAUAUAUACCUUUUUUAUUUUAAGAAGUUGUUGAGGUGAAUUUGCAAGAAAGAAAGAAAACGAGUUCUUAUUCACGUGUAACGAUGCUGUUGUGUACGGGUCAUUUCCCUUGUCAGAUAUAAUGAAUGACGUCUUGCUGGGGUUCAGUGUUCAACUACAAACAACGAUCAUUUGUAUUUAUUGCAGACACGUUUUGAUACGAAUUUAGAAAAGUACUGUUGUCAGGCCGCGAUAUUUUCAGUGUAUCUGGGCAGUACCUAUUUUUGGAAGAAAAAAAUAUGCACAUGCUUUUGUUUCUGUCUGCAUCUUUUUGCUAAAAUAAAGACUUUUGGCAAUUUUUGGCCACAAUUUAUG